AUGAGUAAGGACGUACAAGGCACGUCGGCAUCAUCGCCGCCCGGCGAUAGUAAGGGGAACGAGUCGACAAAUCACAACGAUGUUUUUAAAGUUGGAGUACGGGUCCCGCCGUUCUGGCCCGAGGAGCCAGAGAUUUGGUUCGCGCAGGUUGAAGGUCAAUUCGCCAUAUCUGGAAUAACCAGCGAUGCCUCAAAGUUCAAUUACGUCAUUGGUCAUCUUGAAAAUCAACACUCCAAGGAAGUUAAGGAUAUUAUAAUUAACCCUCCCGCUAGUAACAAAUAUGACAAACUCAAAAGCGAACUGAUAAGGAGACUGACUGCAUCGAACGAGAAAAAAAUAAAACAAUUGUUGAUGCACGAAGAGCUCGGCGACCGCAAACCUUCCGCCUUUCUGCGCCACCUUACAGGUUUAGCAGGCGCUGACGUCCCAGACGACUUUCUGAAGACGAUUUGGAUCAGCCGACUCCCGCAUGGCAUACAAACGGUGCUCGCCGGUCAGCCUGCAGGAACAGCGCUGGAAGACUUAGCCGACUUGGCGGAUAGAGUGAAUGACCUGGCUUCUUCAACACCCAAGGUAGCUUCCCUAGCUAAUGAGGUCCCUAGCUCACUCAUCAGCGACCUCACUAAGGAAGUAGCUGAGCUACGGAAGCAGGUUCAACAAAUGGCGAUGCAGAGGAACAGCAGAUCACGUUCUCGCACAUCCCAAGGCACGCGUAAUUCCUCAAGGCAACGAACACAAUCCAACUACAGGAAGUUUCCGCUGUGUUGGUAUCAUAGCAAGUAUGGAGAUAAAGCCCGCACAUGCGUUCGCCCCUGUGACUUCAAGUCGGAAAACUCGAUGGGCGGUCGGUAA